AAGUGUCGCGUUCAGAAAGUGAGGGGAGGGAAAGGAAACCAUGUCGUACGCCAAGUUCGUCGCCGCACUUGUUAGAGCCAACCCGGCCAGUGUCGGAAAAAUACGCAUUUCACCUGGACGAUGUCGGUCGACAGUGGCAUCCACCAAGGGCCAGGAGGAGCGAGAACAACAGAUGGACGGGUGCCCCGUGGUGGAAGCAGUGCCGGUCGAACUCAUCAGCCAGACCAAAGACGGUACAAAUGCGCAGUUGAACAAAAUCCACGUUGACUUCGAGAACACCCAGGAAGCCUACAAAAGCAAGGGUAACGUGGAACUGCUCCGAAGUCUGCUGGUCUUCAAGCUUUGCACGAUUGACCUGCUCGUUGAAAAGAACAAAGAGUUGAUGGAGCUGACCAGGAAGCUGCUUGGUCAGUGGAUGUUUGAAAGGCUCAUGAAGAUGACCUUCUAUGGCCAGUUUGUGGCAGGGGAAGACCACAACUCCAUCAAACCUUUAAUCCGAAAGAAUCAGGCCUUUGGCGUGGGGUCAGUUUUGGACUACAGCGUUGAAGAGGACUUGACACAAGAGGAGGCAGAGAGGAAGGAAAUGGACUCAUGUGUUUCUGAAGCAGAGAAAGAAAGUCCAGAUGCUGCUCAUCGUGAGAAGAAAUAUAAGGCUCAUCGUCAGUUUGGGGACAGGCGCGGGGGGGUCAUCAGUGCUCGCACCUAUUUCUAUGCAGAUGAGGCCAAAUGUGACAACCAAAUGGAGACAUUCAUAAACUGCAUUAAAGCCUCUGGUGGAGCCUCCACUGACGGAUUUUCUGCCAUCAAAAUGACAGCUCUGGGACGCCCACAGUUCCUUCUCCAGUUUUCAGAAGUCCUAGUAAAAUGGAGACAGUUCUUCAACUUCCUCGCAGCUCAGCAGGGUAAAUCUGAAAUGAUGGUUUUGGAACAAAAACUGGAGCUGGAACAACUCAAGGAAAGUUUGACUGAGAUGGGUGUUGGAGCCAAGGAUGAUAUUGAGAACUGGUUUACCGGAGAGAAGCUGGGUCUGUCAGGAACAAUAGAUCUGCUGGACUGGAACAGUUUAAUUGAUGAUACAACAAAAAUCUCCAAUCUGCUUAUGGUGCCAAAUCUCAAGACAGGCCACCUGGAAUCUUUGUUGAAGAAGUUUACAGCUGAGGAGGAGAGACAGAUGAAGAGAAUGCUGCAGAGAGUGGAUGUUCUGGCCAAGCAUGCUAUGGAGAAUGGGGUAAGGCUAAUGGUGGAUGCCGAGCAGACAUACUUCCAACCAGCUAUUAGUCGCUUGACCCUGGAAAUGCAGAGGAAAUUCAACAGAGAAAAGCCAAUCAUUUUCAACACUUACCAGUGUUACCUUAAGGAGGCCUAUGACAAUGUAACUGUGGAUGUUGAGCUGUCACAGCGGGAGGGCUGGUACUUUGGUGCCAAACUGGUCCGUGGAGCUUACAUGUACCAAGAGAGAGCAAGGGCUAAGGAGAUUGGCUACGAAGACCCAAUAAACCCAGACUAUGAGGCCACUAACAGGAUGUAUCACAAGUGUUUGGAGUACGUGCUGGAGAAGAUUGAACACAGCAGGAAAGCAAAUAUCAUGGUUGCAUCUCACAACGAGGACACAGUGAAAUUCACCCUAGAAAAGAUGAAUGAGAUGGGCCUUUCACCCACUGAGAAUAAAGUUUACUUUGGACAGCUGCUGGGCAUGUGUGACCAGAUCAGCUUCCCACUAGGUCAAGCAGGCUUCCCAGUCUACAAGUACGUUCCCUAUGGCCCAGUCAACGAGGUCAUUCCAUAUUUGUCUCGUCGUGCUCAAGAGAACCGUGGUUUCAUGAAGGGAUCCCAGAGAGAGCGCAGCCUGCUGUGGAAGGAGCUGAAACGCAGGGUGCUGGGUGGCCAGAUUUUCUACCAGCCUGUCUACUGAGUCACAAGACCACCACAUACAAACUGGGGUAUUUCUGUAAGCAUUCCUCCGUCUUAACUGUGCCUCUGCCUGCUAACUGCUCUUAGUAGAAGAAGAUGAAUGUCUUUCCUUUGCUUGUGAGGCUGCACUGUGUUGAAGAAAGUUUUAACUACAGGUAUUUUGAAUGUGGUUUGUGAUAGGGAUUUAUUUUGUUCUUAGCAGUAUAUUUAAUAACAAAGUGUUUAGGACAUUGCUCUGAUGAUAUGCUGUUGUGACCCAUGUGGGGCUCCAUUAAGAAGUGAUGAUUGAUAUUUGUCUCGAAAUCAGCAUCAGUUAAUUUAAGUUAAAAUGGACCUGGUAAUCCUCAGAAUAAAAAAAUAAAAACUUGCUCACUUUGAAAGAACUUGUGGAAAUGUUUAUGCCAUGGAACAUUUAUCCUUUCUGAUAUACCGCAUGGAAUUCUUCAGCGGAGGCUAAGAAAAGUAUAUGUGUAUGUAUGGUUACUGGAGGUGGGUUAUUUGUAUAUAAAAGCUGUCAUGUGCUUUUUAAAAUGAUGAAAGACACUGUAUGUUUUGUUCAGUGCUAAGUGUAUUUUUACGUACUCAAAAGUGCCUUAUGAUGGUUUUCACAGGAUUAACUGGAAGCAGUCAGCCACUGUACAACUUGGUUUUGUUGAUGUUACUGCACACUCCUCCAAGGUGAUUGUAAAUCAUUUUAGUAUGUUUAUGCUGUGAUUAUGUGUCAUAGCAUUAACCAACACUAACAAGUCAUUUGUUAAUUAUUGUGCAGCAUACUGAUUUUGAUUACAUAAAAAAUGGCUUAGAUUUAUAUUCAUAUGUCUGGUUUUAAAUAAUAACAUGUUGUCCAUCAAAGCAUUAAAAGUAAAUGCAGCUUCAAGAACCAGAUUAUCCUCUUUUUGAUCCCACAUGACCCCCACGUAUUGAUGCCCCUUAGCCAAAGAAUAGAUAAACUGCACUAUGGAUUUGUGCAAGAAACCCAACUACCUUUUUGUUUUUGACAAAAUAAUCCCCUUUUACUCUCCACUGAACAAAAAGUAGUAUGUUUGUGUGUUCAAUUUUUUCUGAAGUUGGGAACAACUACUGCUCAUCAAACACUGAAAACAGGUCUUCAAAGCAGAAAUCCAGAAACUGUUAUGCCCUGUGCUCCAAAAUGUUCCAAAAACAUACCAUGGUUACUGCUGUGAUUUUUCGAGGAAAACUACACUCAAGUACUUUAAAAACACCUGCGCUGUUGCAUAAGCUGCAUGGGAGGAGAAACUGCCCGUUGCUUCACUUGUUAUUGUAGAGAAGAUUUCUGGACGGGUUGUGUCAGUGUCUCUGGUUUCGAUGCUGCCCAUAGCCUUUUAAUCAUUUGUAAAGGUUGUGGGGUGUUUUUGGGGCCAUAACAAAAGUUAAGUGAAUAGUCUUAAAUGAAUUUGGUCUGCACUGCGGUUGAUGUCUAAUUUAAAAACAGUGUCACCGUCACAGCAUUUCUAAUGCUUGUAUUUUACAACACAGUAGUAUAUACAUGAAAUUUUGUUAAAUAAUCAUAACAAGGAAAAAUACCAGUCACAUAAAACUCCCAAAAAAUCAAAAAUCCUUUUUAAUUUACUGGCAAUGCAUCAUAAAACAUAAAAAAAUCAGUUUUUAAUGUCUUGCUAACCUAGUAACAUUUCAAGUUUAUGAUCUGAGAUCUUGUUUUUAUUUGGUGCAUUUACUUUGAUGUUUUACAUCAUUUUUAUUUGGUUUCUCCAUAACUGCUGUAUCAGUAUAUGCCAUAUUUUUUACAAUUGUAAAAUAUAUGUAAUUAUUGUUUGACGCAAUAAAAUACAGUCGGUGUAAAAAGAAA